AUGCUGAUCAUAUUCCAUCUACUGCUGUUACUCAGAGCGGGACGAUGCACCGAUGAUCUGAUCUUUGAGUCAAAGACUGUUGGUGUUGGAGAUGAUGUGAAGUUGACGUGUACCCGCCCGACAUCUGAUUAUGACAUCAGCUUAUUUUGGAUCAGGCUCGUUUCUGGGAAGUUCCCUGAAAUCUUGGGAGGAACAUUUGCAUUUGAUUAUGAUGGUGUUAAUGACAUUCCUCGCAUUACAGCAAAACAGGAGCCUGGAACUUUUCUUCUGCAUAUUAGUGAAGCAGAGCUAAGUGAUACUGGAGUUUACUACUGCAUGAAAGUACAACAGAUUGACAUGAAAUUUGUAACAGGAACAUAUCUGAGAAUUAAAGGACCAGAACCUGAUAUCACUAUGGUCAUUCAAGUCCCUCCAUCCAAUCCAGUCCGUCCAGGAGACUCAGUGGCUGUCCAGUGUUCAGUCCUCUCUGACUCUGAGAAGACAACAUGUCCAGGAGAUCACAGUGUGUACUGGUUCAGAGCUGGAGCAGGUGAAUCUCAUCCCAGUUUAAUUUAUGCGCAUGGAAACAAUGAUGAUCAAUGUGAAAAGAGUCCUGAGGCUCCGUCGACACAAAAAUGUGUCUACAACUUCUCAAAGAUCGUCAACUCCUCUGAUGCUGGGACUCAUUACUGUGCAGUGGCCACGUGUGGAGAGAUAUUAUUUGGAAAUGGAAUGAAACUGGACAUUGAAGAAUUGUGGGAUUUGCAGAAGGCCAGUACAGCUCUGUUAUGUGCUACUUUGGCUAUAAGUCUGAUUGUUAUUGCCUUCCUGAUUUAUAUCAUCAAGAAGAAAACUUGUGAUUGUUACAAAGCUGCAGAUGCUGCAACAGGCAGUGGUUACCAGUGA